AUGGUGGACUUUGAGCAGGUGCAGUGGCUGAACUUCACAGUGAGAGCUCAGGACCACGGCAGUCCACCCAGAGUGGCUGAGCUUCCUGUCUACCUGCGUAUAGUAGACAUCAACGAUAACAAGCCCAUCUUUACACAACCCUCUUACAAGGUACCAAAAAUACUGAUUCAUAACAUACACUGCAAAGUGUGUCACGCUUUAGGCGUCAGCAUACUUCGGUUCAGCUGGUGCCAAUAGGCGAACUGAACGAGUGUACUCACAUACUACCUUAAAAGACAUUCGUUUGAAAAUAGAGAAAAAAGCGGCAAUAGUAUCUUUUGUCCUUCUUGAGACGCCAUAGAAUUAAUCAAAGAUAACUCCAGAAAUCUGUCAUUAAUUUCGACGUUGCAAUUUUACAUCUAACUAAGAUGUUUGGUGCAGUAUUUCUCAAAUAAAUAAUGUUGCAUGAAAACGAUUUGUCUCUUGUUGAAUGACACUUCAUUGAAUAAUCCCUACUGUUGACCAAUCACCAACGAAGGGGCAUAGACUUUGGCUACCGACUUCAGCUUGCCUUGAGAGAAAACAUUUGUGUGCAAGAACAGCCGAAAACGCUUGCCAAAGACCAAAACGAACAAAAACGUCACAAUGUCGUCAUUAUAUACAGUGCUUUCGGAAAGUAUUCAGACCCCUUGACUUUUUCCACAUUUUGUUAUGUUACAGCCUUAUUCUAAAAUUGAUCAAAUUGUUUUUUUCCCUCUCAUCAAUCUACACACAAUACCGCAUAAUGACAAAGCAAAAACAGGUUUUUCACAUUUACAUAACUAUUCAGAUCCUUUACUCAGUACUUUGUUGAAGUACCUUUGACAGCAAUUACAGCCUCGAGUCUUCUUGGGUAUGACGCUACAAGCUUGGCACACCUGUAUUUGGGGAGUUCCUCCCAUUCUUCUCUGCAGAACCUCUCAAGCUCUGUCAGGUUGGAUGGGGAGCGUCGCUGCACAGCUAUUUUCAAGUCUCUCCAGAGAUGUUAGAUCGUGUUCAAGUCUGGACUCUGGCUGGGCCACUCAAGGACAUUCAGAGACUUCUCCCGAAGCCACUCCUGUGUUGUCUUGGCUGUGUGCUUAGGGUCGUUGUCCUGUUGGAAGGUGAACCUUUGCCCCGGUCUGAGGUCCUGAGCGUUCUGGAGCAGGUUUUCAUCAAGGAACUCUCUGUUCAUCAUUCAGGCCAAAGAGUUCAGUCUUGGUUUCAUCAGACCAGAGAAUCUUGUUUCUCAUGGUCUGAGAGUCCUUUAGGUGUCUUUUGGCAAACUCCAAGCGGGCUGUUAUGUGCCUUUUACUGAGGAGUGGCUUCAGUCUGGCCACUCUACCUUAACGGCCUGAUUGGUGGAGUGCUGCAGAGAUGGUUGUCCUUCUGGACGCUUCUCCGAUCUCCACAGAGGAACUCUGGAGCUCUGUCAGAGUGACCAUCAGGUUCUUGGUCACCUCCCUGACCAAGGCCCUUCUCCCCCGAUUGCUCAGUUUGGCCGGGCAGCCAGCUCUAGGAAGAGUCUUGGUGGUUCCAAACUUCUUCCAAUUUAGAAUAGAGGCCACUGUGUUCUUGGGGACAUUCAAUGCUGCAGGAAUUUUAUGGUACCCUUCCCCAGGUGUGUGCCUUUCCAAAUCAUGUCCAAUCAAUUGAAUGUACCACAGGUGGACUCCAAUCAAGUUGUAGAAACAUCUCAAGGAUGAUCAAUGGAAACAGGAUGCACCUGAGCUCAAUUUCGAGUCUCAUAGCAAAGGGUCUGAAUACUUAUGUAAAUAAGAUAUUUUGUUUUAGAUUUUUAAUACAUUUGCAAAAAUGUAUAUCAUCCUGUUUUCGCUGUUUCAUUGUGUGUAGAUUGAUGAGGAAACAUUUUAGUUUAAUCAAUUUUAGAAUAAGGCUGUAACGUAACAAAAUGUUGAAAAAGGGAAGAGGUCUGAAUACUUUCCGAAUGCACUGUAUGCACAAACUGUUUCGAAUGGGAAGCAUGCGGACGCCUUUAGUAGUACUCACUUGAUAUUGUUUCUAUUGUGAUGGUCUGAGUUUGUGCAUGUGUGCAUGUGCGUAUGCUGAUGUUGUUGUGUCACGCUGUCCCUCUGCAGAAGCCAGUGUUUGAGGAUGUUGACUUGGGCACGGUCAUAGUGAGAGUCAGUGCCACAGACGCAGACUCGGGCCUCUUCUCUGUCAUCGAGUACGGCCUGGUAGACGGAGAGGGCAAGUUUGGCAUCACUCCCUCCACUGUGAGUUCUGUAAUAUGUUUUAACAUGAAUAAACACACACACACACACACUUUGUAGUGCUUGAAGUGGAUUACUUUUUACUUCACAUAUCACAGCACUUCACAAAUUGGUGCAGGCAAUUGAAAUAUACUGUUUAUAUUUAGGAGCCGGAACUUUUAAGCCAGUAUUCUGUAGGAGGUGACGGUAAUCGAGCAGUAGAAAAUUCAAGGUGCUGGUACCCGGUACCAGUGUGCACCUGCCCAAUUCAAGCACUGCACUUACGCACAAACACACAUACAUACACAUGCACACACACAAACACAGACACAAACACACACACUCUCUCCUCUCUUUUGUUUUCACUCUCUUUUGUACUCUUUCUCUUUCAAAGAAAAUGAACUGACUCAUCUACAAUGAAUGUACAAAACAUUAGGAACACCUUUUUAAAAUUGAUUUGCACCCCUCUUGCCCUUAGACCAGCCUCAAUGUAUUGGGGCAUGGACUCUACAAGGUGUCGAAAGCGUUCCACAGGGAUUCUGGCCCAGGUUGACUCCAGUGCUUUCCACAGCUGUGUCAAGUUGGCUGGAUGUCCUUUGGGUGGUGGACCAUUCUUGAUACACACGGGAAACUGUUGAAACCCAGUAGCGUUGCAGUUCUUGGCACACUCAAACUGGUGCGCCUGGCACCUACUACCAUACCCUGUUCAAUGGCACUUAAAUAUUUUGUCUUGCCCUUUCACCCUCUGAAUGGCACACAUACACAAUUCAUGUCUCAAUUGUCUCAAAGCUUAAACAUCCUUAUUUAGCCUGUCUCCUACCCUUCAUCCACACUGAUUGAAGUGGAUUUAACAGGUGACAUCAAUAAGGGAUCAUAGCUGUCACCUGGAUUCACCUGGUCAGUCUAUGUCAUGGAAAGAGCAGGCGUUCCUAAUGUUUUGUACACUCAGUGUAUGUUGAAUGAUCAUCGAAAUUGCACUUAAAUGUGGAAUAUGGGACCUGGAAUGAUACAUCUUACUAGCCUAAGAAGACAGACAUUUUCAGAUACAAGUUGACUUUGUAGAGGUAAAGGAGGAGACUCGAGUCCAAGGUUGCGGUCGGAAUAAUAGCUUUAAAGGAUCACUUUACUCAAAAACUAUCUUUUGGUGUGUUAUUCAUUAGUCCACUGUUAAUACAAUCCCCCAAAAUGGUCAGGUUUUUUAAGGUGGAGCACUCCAAAAACUGUGAUGAUGAUGCUGCCUUUUAAAUCAUAUAAGUGAACUAUCCCUUUAACGCAGAGCUCCUUGGGUACAAGCAGUCACACUUGAUGCAAAGGCUAGUACAAAAUGAAACGUCCUUAAUCUAGAGGUUUUAUAAGUAUGCGUUGAUCACUUCAGUGUCACAAUUAUGUACAUUAUUUCUGUCAUAAAACAGACAUUACAUUCUUGUAAGGAGGAUGAACUUUUGUCACAUAGUUUGUUUUUCUGCCUAUUACGGUAGCCUAAAUGUUCUAUGUCUGCUGCUUUGACUCCUGUCAGUCUUCUGCAUUUCAUUGGAGUAGGGUGUAGUUGCCCGUAGACACUGAUCUUGUGCAGUUUUGCAUUUCCACUAAUGGUUAAAGGGUAGGUAGUAUAAACGUAACCACAUGUAACAUAUGGAUUUUCAUUAGUAUACGCAUCAAAAGUCCCAAUGCAAAGUUACACCAUACAUAUCUAUUUUUCGAGUUAUUAGAUAUAACCGAUCAGAAUUCAUGCCGGAAAAUGUUUUUGCGGGGUGCGACAUUAUAUGGAGGACGCGGCAAGCCAGCCUAUUCCCUAUAAUGUAAACUCCAACAGAAAUUACUUCAAAUGUAUAACUUCAAAUUAAUCAAAAUCGUUUGCACUAGGGUCGGGACGAUACCAGUAUCGCGGUACUCAUUAGUAUUGUGGCAAGAAAACAAAACAUGAAGCUGAUUUAACUUUUUUAGGAAAACAGCCCUAAUGUUGAAAACAAAAAUAAUGAUAUUGUCAUCCAGAGUCACAUUUAUUCAUUUCCUAACCUAUAGCACAUAAUAUUUUACAUACAGCAGGUUUUUAAAGGACCAAAGAGUUUGGUCUGUACCUGUUUUCAUUUUUGCAAUGGAAAAAAUAUUGUGAUUCUGGUAUCGUACUGGCCCUAGUGCAAAUUAUUUUGUUUAAUUUGAAGUUAUACAUUUGAAGUAAUUUCUGUUGCACUCAUGACUACUGGCUUCAAUUACAUUUUCAGCCAAUUUACAAGCAAAUAUUUAUGAAUUUAUUGGUACAAAUCAGCUUGCAAGGUUGCUAGCCAACUAGCCCGCUAGCGUUAGCCCUACUUGUCAGCCAGUUGCUAUCAACACCUAGCUUACAGUUACAUUUUAGUUAGUUUAGAGUUCUAUAGAUGCCAUGGCGUCCUAGUAGCAGCCUAAGCACAGAGCUCCUGUAAAUGUGUUCAUAUUUAGUUUUUUAAAAGUUUUUUAUUUAUUAUUGUUGAUUUUUAAAUCAACAUUGAGUUUUUAUUUAAUAUAUCUGGUGUUUUUGAGCCACUGAUUUGCAGAUUGACUGACAGGUUAACACUUUUUGGCUUGGAUAGCUAGCUAGCUGGCUAAUGUUUUGGUUUGAAAAAUGCAUAUGGACACAGUACCAGCUUUUUUGUUUCACCUGGCUGCCAAUUCCUGAUCUUCUGAGAACAUUACAUUUACAUUUUUGUCAUUUAGCAGACGCUCUUAUCCAGAGCGACUUACAGUUAGUGAAUACAUAUAUUUUUUUUAUACUGGCCCCCCAUGGGAAUCGAACCCACAACCCUGGCGUUGCAAACGCCAUGCUCUAUCAACUGAGCUACAUCCCUGCCGGCCAUUCCCUCCCCUACCCUGGACGACUUGUGCGCCACCCAUGAGUCUCCCGGGCGCGGCCGGCUGCAACAGAGCCUGGAUUCGAACCAGGAUCUCUAGUGGCACAGUUAGCACUGCGAUGCAGUGCCUUAGACCACUGCGCCACUCAGGAGCAACAUAAUUUGAGAAGUUGCCUGAAGCGUGAGCGGAAUGGGAGACAGAGUAAUACAGCAGUGCUGAGGACAACUGGCUACUAUUCAGAACUUUGUGUGGUGAGCUUUCUGGCGCCCAGAGCUGCUGAGGCAUCACCCAAGUGGGUGUUACACAGAGUGGAAUCGAAGAAGUCCAGUGGCUAUAAGUCAGGCUGGUUCCCAGACUUGCCCUAUACAUGAUCAUCAGCAGACUCCAUCACCAUCAUCUACCAUCGCCUGACCAGCUCUCUCUGCCAUUCACUGUCCUUUUACAUCUUCGGAGGAUGCAGCUUUCAGAUACUUGGCCUCUAUUGGUUGACAUGUCAUGAUAUAUUGCUUGUUUGUUUUUUGCUUUUGAAAUGCUUUGAGAGUCUAUGAAAAGCGCUAUAGAAAUGUAAUACAUUAUUAUUAUUAUUAUUAUUAUUAUUAUUGUUAUUACAUUAAAUACAUAACGCCAUCUAACCAUCAAACAUUUUUACCGGUAUAUGCAGUUAUCUUAGCCAGCAAACCAGCCAGCUAAAGUUAGUUACAGUGCCCUCCAUAAUUAUUGGGACAGUGAAGCAUUUUUUCUUAUUUUGGCUCUAUACUCCAAUCCAAUAGCGAUAUAGUGAGGUAAAUCCAAAGUAGAUACAUUCCAGAGGCAAUAAUCCAAAGGCGGCAUUGGGAAAAGGAGACGAGGGGAAGAGUCAACAAUAAGACGGCGAUCAGAGGAAGGCUCCAGGAAAUGAUCACAACAGCAGUCAGUCAGCUACUGUAGCGCGCUAGUACUAAGCCAAGGUUGAAGAACUCUGUAGCCUACUUCACAGAGAUCAUGCAGACCCCUUGUGUGGAGAAUCUGAUUGGUUGUUUACAUCACACCUCCUCAUGAUUGGUCGAUUGUAGCUCACCAUUGCCAACACUCGGUCUGCAUGGCUAGUGGCUAACUAACUUGAGCUAGCUAACCCAGUGUAGAUUAUAGAUAUGAUGUUGAGAACGAAUGCAUUGUGGGUAGUUUGGAAAAGAAAUUAUAACUACAAUUGAAGUCGGAAGUUUACAUACACUUAGGUUGGAGUCAUUCAAACUCGUUUUUCAACCACUCCACAAAGUUCUUGUUAACAAAAUAUAAUUUUGGCAAGUCGGUUAGGACAUCUACUUUGUGCAUGACACAAGUAAUUUUUCCAACAAUUGUUUACAGACAGAUUAUUUCACUUAUAAUUCCCUGUAUCACAAUUCCAGUGGGUCAGAAGUUUACAUACACUAAGUUGGCUGUGCCUUUAAACAGCUUGGAAAAUUCCAGACAAUGAUGUCAUGGCUUUAGAAGCUUCUGAUAGGCUAAUUGACAUCAUUUGAGUCAAUUAGAGGUGUACCUGUGGAUGUAUUUCAAGGCCUACCUUCAAACCCAGUGCCUCUUUGCUUGACAUCAUGGGAAAAUCAAAUCAAAAGAAAUCAAACAAGAACUCAAAAUAAAUUGUAGACCUCCACAAGUCUGGUUCAUCCUUUGGAGCAAUUUCCAAAUGCCUGAAGGUACCACGUUCAUCUGUACAAACAAUAGUACGCAAGUAUAUACACCAUGGGACAACGCAGCCGUCAUAUCGCUCAGGAAAGAGACGCGUUCUGUCUCCUAGAGAUGAACAUACUUUGGUGCGAAAAGUGCAAAUCAAUCCCAGAACAACAGCAAAGGACCUUGUGAAGAUGCUGGAGGAAACAGGUACAAAAGUAUCUAUAUCCACAGUAAAACUAGUCCUAUAUCGACAUUACCUGAAAGGCCGCUCAGCAAGGAAGAAGCCACUACUCCAAAAUCGCCAUAAAAAAAGCCAGACUACGGUUUGCAACUGCGCACAUGGGGACAAAGAUUGUACUUUUUGGAGAACUGUCCUCUGGUCUGAUGAAACAAAAAUAGAACUGUUUGGCCAUAAUGACCAUCGUUAUGUUUGGAGGAAAAGGGGGGUGGCUUGCAAGCCGAAGAACACAAUCCCAACCGUGAAGCACGGGGGUGGCAGCAUCAUGCUGUGGGGGUGCUUUGCUGCAGGAGGGACUGGUGCACUUCACAAAAUAGAUGGCAUCAUGAGGAAGGAAAAUUAUGUGGAUUUAUUGAAGCAACAUCUCAAGACAUCAGUCAGGAAGUUAAAGCUUGGUCGCAAAUGGGUCUUCCAAAUGGACAAUGACUCCAAGCAUAUUUCCAAAGUUGUUGCAAAAUGGCUUAAGAAAACAAGGUCAAGGUAUUGGAGUGGCCAUCACAAAGCCCUGACCUAAAUCCUAUAGAAAAUGUGUGGGCAGAACUGAAAAAGCGUGUGCGAGCAUAGAUGCCUACUAAACUGACUCAGUUACACCAGCUCUGUCAGGAGGAAUGGGCCAAAAUUCACCCAACUUAUUGUGGGAAGCUUGUGGAAGGCUCCCCGAAACAUUUGACCCAAGUUAAACAAUUUAAAGGCAAUGCUACCAAAUACUAAUUUACAUUUACAUUUUACAUUUACGUCAUUUAGCAGACGCUCUUAUCCAGAGCGACUUACAAAUUGGUGCAUUCACCUUAUAGCCAGUGGGAUAACUACUUUACAAUGUGUUUUUAUUUUAUUUUAUUUAUUAUUAUUUUUUUGGGGGGGGUGAGUUGGGGUAAGGGAGGGGUAGAAGGAUUACUUUAUCCUAUCCCAGGUAUUCCUUAAAGAGGUGGGGUUUCAAAUGUCUCCGGAAGUUGGUGAGUGACUCCGCUGUCCUGGCGUCGUGAGGGAGCUUGUUCCACCAUUGGGGUGCCAGAGCAGCGAACAGUUUUGACUGGGCUGAGCGGGAACUAUGCUUCCGCAGAGGAAGGGGAGCCAGCAGGCCAGAGGUGGAUGAACGCAAUGCCCUCGUUUGGGUGUAGGGACUGAUCAGAGCCUGAAGGUACGGAGGUGCCGUUCCCCUCACAGCUCCAUAGGCAAGCACCAUGGUCUUGUAACAGAUGCGAGCUUCAACUGGAAGCCAGUGGAGUGUGCGGAGGAGGGGGGUGACGUGAGAGAACUUGGGAAGGUUGAACACCAGACGGGCUGCGGCAUUCUGGAUGAGUUGUAGGGGUUUAAUGGCACAGGCAGGGAGCCCAGCCAACAGCGAGUUGCAGUAAUCCAGACGGGAGAUGACAAGUGCCUGGAUUAGGACCUGUGCCGCUUCCUGUGAAAGGCAGGGUCGUACUCUCCGAAUGUUGUAGAGCAUGAAACUACAGGAUCGGGUCACCGCCUUGAUGUUAGCGGAGAACGACAGGGUGUUGUCCAGGGUCACGCCAAGGCUCUUCGCACUCUGGGAGGAGGACACAACGGAGUUGUCAACCGUGAUGGCGAGAUCAUGGAACAGGCAGUCCUUCCCCGGGAGGAAGAGCAGCUCCGUCUUGCCAAGGUUCAGCUUGAGGUGGUGAUCCAUCAUCCAUACUGUUAUGUCUGCCAGACAUGCAGAGAUGCGAUUCGCCACCUGGUUAUCAGAAGGGGGAAAGGAGAAGAUUAGUUGUGUGUCGUCAGCGUAGCAAUGAUAGGAGAGGCCAUGUGAGGAUAUGACAGAGCCAAGUGACUUGGUGUAUAGCGAGAAUAGGAGAGGGCCUAGAACUGAGCCCUGGGGGACACCAGUGGUGAGAGCACGUGGUGCGGAGACAGCUUCUCGCCACGCCACUUGGUAGGAGCGACCAGUCAGGUAGGACGCAAUCCAAGAGUGAGCCGCGCCGUAGAUGCCCAUCUCGGAGAGGGUGGAGAGGAGGAUCUGAUGGUUCACAGUAUCAAAGGCAGCAGACAGGUCUAGAAGGACAAGAGCAGAGGAGAGAGAGUUAGCUUUAGCAGUGUGGAGAGCCUCCGUGACACAGAGAAGAGCAGUCUCAGUUGAAUGACCAGUCUUGAAACCUGACUGGUUUGGAUCAAGAAGGUCAUUCUGAGAGAGAUAGCAAGAGAGUUGGCUAAAGACGGCACGCUCAAUAGUUUUGGAGAGAAAAGAAAGAAGGGAUACUGGUCUGUAGUUGUUGACAUCAGAGGGAUCGAGUGUUGGUUUUUUGAGAAGGGGUGCAACUCUCGCUCUCUUGAAGAAGGAAGGGACAGAGCCGGCGGUCAAGGAUGAGUUGAUCAGCGAGGUGAGGUAGGGGAGAAGGUCACCGGAGAUGGUCUGGAGAAGAGAGGAGGGGAUAGGGUCAAGCGGGCAGGUUGUUGGGCGGCCUGCAGUCACAAGUCGCAAGAUUUUAUCUGGAGAGAGAGGGGAGAAAGAAGUCAAAGCAUAGGGUAGGGCAGUGUGAGCAGGACCAGCAGUGUCAUUUGACUUAACAAACGAGGAUCGGAUGUCGUCAACCUUCUUUUCAAGUGGUUGACGAAGUCAUCCACAGAGAGGGAGGAGGGGGGGGGAAGGAUUCAGCAGGGAGGAGAAUGUGGCAAAGAGCUUCCUAGGGUUAGAGGCAGAUGCUUGGAAUUUAGCGUGGUAGAAAGUGGCCUUAGCAGCAGAAACAGAUGAAGAAAAUGUAGAGAGGAGGGAGUGAAAAGAUGCCAGGUCCGCAGGGAGUCUAGUUUUCUUCCAUUUAUGCUCAGCUGCCCGGAGCUCUGUUCUGUGAGCUCGCAAUGAGUCAUCAAGCCACGGAGCUGGAGGGGAGGACCAAGCCGGCCGGGAGGAUAGGGGACAUAGAGAGUCAAAGGAUGCAGAAAGGGAGGAGAGGAGGGUUGAGGAGGCAGAAUCAGGAGAUUGGAGGGAGAAGGAUUGAGCAGAGGGAAGAGAUGAUAGGAUGGAAGAGGAGAGAGUGGCGGGAGAGAGAGAGCGAAGGUUGCGACGGCGCAUUACCAUCUGUGUAGGGGCAGAGUGAGUAGUGUUGGAGGAGAGCGAGAGAGAAAAGGAUACAAAGUAGUGGUCGGAGACAUGGAGGGGAGUUGCAGUGAGAUUAGUAGAAGAACAGCAUCUAGUAAAGAUGAGGUCAAGCGUAUUGCCUGCCUUGUGAGUAGGGGGGGACGGUGAGAGGGUGAGGUCAAAAGAGGAGAGGAGUGGAAAGAAGGAGGCAGAGAGAAAUGAGUCAAAUGUAGACAUAGGGAGGUUGAAAUCCCCCAGAACUGUGAGGGGUGAGCCAUCCUCAGGAAAGGAACUUAUCAAGGCGUCAAGCUCAUUGAUGAACUCUCCAAGGGAACCUGGAGGGCGAUAGAUGACAAGGAUAUUAAGCUUAAAUGGGCUAGUGACUGCGACAGCAUGGAAUUCAAAUGAGGAGAUAGACAGAUGGGUUAGGGGAAAAAUUGAGAAUGUCCACUUGGGAGAGAUGAGGAUUCCUGUGCCACCACCCCGCUGACCAGAUGCUCUCGGGGUAUGCGAGAACACAUGGUCAGACGAGGAGAGAGCAGUAGGAGUAGCAGUGUUUUCAGUGGUAAUCCAUGUUUCUGUCAGCGCCAAGAAGUCGAGGGACUGGAGGGUAGCAUAGGCUGAGAUGAACUCUGCCUUGUUGGCAGCAGAACGGCAGUUCCAGAGGCUGCCUGAGACCUGGAACUCCAGGUGGGUGGUGCGUGCAGGGACCACCAGGUUAGAGAGGCAGCAGCCACGCGGUGUGAGGCGUUUGUGUAGCCUGUGCGGAGAGGAGAGAACAGGGAUAGGCAGAGACAUAGUUGACAGGCUGCAGCAAAUGGCUACAAUAAUGUAGAGGAGAUCGGAAUGAAAUGAACUAAACAUCUGGGAAAGGAGAGAGCGGGGCCUCCCUCAGCACAACUCCCAAAUAUAACUCUCCCAACUUCCACCUCAGAAACUAUAAUUGUUGUAAACUACAGCGGUUCAAUGUUUCUAGGAAUAGACUAACUCAGUUUAUUCAGCUAGCUAACUAGGUGCAGUAUUAUUCCGUGAAAAUCGUCCGGGCAUCAAGUCAUAUGACGCCACAGCCAGCUAGCAUGCCGGACUCCAGCAACACGGUUUAGCGCCAAUACUCUGCCACAACAAACCACCAGUGUAUCAACACGCAAGCAGAUCGUUCGUGUCCGUGUCUAACGUUGUGGGUUAGUCCCGACAGCUUGAGCGAGUCCGUCGUCAACUUAUUCAGCCAGUUAGUUGCUUUCAGACAAAGAAGAACCCCUCCUUUCACGGCACGAACACACAGAGAGAGCCAAACUAACGUUAACUAGUCACCCAUGUCCCAAAUUCCUUGAACGACUCGGGCAAUCAAUAUGUAAAAAAAAAAAAACACAAAUGUAGGUUAUGACUUACCCCUAGCAGCUACUGUUAGCUAGCCAAGUGCAUAGCUAGCCACUGAAUUGACUCAGCCAGUUCGCGUCUGUUCACACGGUCGUUCCAGCUAUUGUUUACUAGUAGCUAUCCAGGUAGCAACAAGCUAGCUAAUAUUUCAAGCACAGUAGCCACUUGCUACCUAACGUUAACGGAUCAGACAAUGAGAUUAGGAAACAGCUGAAUGGUAGGCAAUUAUUGUAUGUAAUUAUUGUAGGCAGCCUGCUGGUGUAAUUACAGGCACUCUCAGGCGUGAAAUAACUAUACCGUUGCUAAUAGCUACUCGCCAGCUAGUCCCGGUGGUGGGUUAGCUAGCUAGCUUCGUGCUACGCUGGGCUACGCUGGGCACAGCCGAAUACAAUACUAACCUACAAUAAUUACAUACAACAACCCACAAUAACUACCUACAAUACCUAACUACAAUCUAAAUACAUAGUUUAAGCCUUACUCGACAAAGCCCAAGCUAUGUGUAAAGCCAAGCUUACCCGACGCCAAGCUUACCCGACGACCUCCCCGACGUGCUUCCACCUCAGCAAGGAAGCCAUGCAGGGUUUAAUGGUAGACUUUCAUACAGUAUCCCCCUGUCCUUUCCAGAACAUGUAGAGAGAAAGAGGAAAUAAAAAAGCUGCACUGACAAAAAUGUGAGUCAACCUGUGGUUUGGGAUAAAUUGAGUGUAUGUAAACUUCUGACCCACUGGGAAUGUGAUGAAAUAAAUAAAAGCUGAAAUAAAUCAUUCUCUCUACUAUUAUUCUGACAUUUCACAUUCUUAAAAUAAAGUGGUGAUCCUAACUGUACCUAAAACAGGGAAUUUUUAUUAGGAUUAAAUGUCAGGAAUUGUGAAAAACUGAGUUUUAAUCAGCUGUCCGGGUGGCUGGUCCCACAGGUGAAGAAGCCGGAUGAUGUGGAGGUCCUGGGCUGGCGUGGUUACACGUGGGCUGCGGUUGUGAGGCCGGUUGGACGUACUGCCAAAUUCUCUAAAAUGAUGUUGGUUGCGGCUUAUGGUAGAGAAAUUAACAUUCAUUUAUCUGGCAACAGCUCUGGUGGACAUUCCUGCAGUCCGCAUGCCAAUUGCAUGCUCCUUCAAAACUUGAGACAUCUGUGGCAUUGUGUUGUGUGACAAAACUGCACAUUUUAGUGGCCUUUUAUUGUAACCAGCACAAGGUGCACCUGUGUAAUGAUUAUGCUGUUUAAUCAGCUUCUUGAUAUGCCACACCUGUCAGGUGGAUGGAUUAUUUUGGCAAAGGAGAAAUGCUCACUAACAGGGAUGUAAACACAUUUGUAAACAACAUUUGAGAGAAAUAAGCUUUUUGUGCUUAUGGAACAUUUCUGUGAUCUUUUAUUUCAGCUCAUGAAACAUGGGAACACUUUACAUGUUGCGUUUAUAUUUUUGUUCAGUGUAAUUUAAAGCUACAUUUGGUAAUGUAUUGGACACUAUAAAGACUAGCUAGGUAUUGCAAUAGCUAUAUACCAUUUGCUGUAGUUGCUAGCAUGUUGAAUUAUACAGGAAAGAGAGACUUUCUGACAACAAGUAGCCACUGGUCGGGUCCGAUUUGAUUCACUGCGUGGAGACACUGCGUGGAAGAGUGGUCCCAACUGCUAGAGAGAAGAUGAGAGCGUGCAGGAGGUUCAGCCCCGUCCUGGGAUGGGCGACGCAUGUGUGAGGAUGGCCGUGUGAUGGCUGCCUGGUGGAACUGGAGGAUCUGUUCUGUCUCUGUGUGGCAAGGCACGUGUGGGAAGGCCAUGUGAUGGCCAUACGGUGGAAGCGGGAGGCUCUGUUUCGUCCCGACAUGACGAAACACUGUGGGGAAGGCCAUGUGAUGUCCGUAUGGUGGAAGCGGGAGACUCUGUCCUGUCUCGGCAUGGCGAGUUGCAUGUGAGGAAGGCCAUGUGAUGGCUUUGCGGUGGAAGCAGAACAUUCGGUUCCAUCUGGGCCUGUGUAGCAGACUGCGAGAAGGGAACCGGAGGUGUGGAGUGUAGGGAGGAAGUUCAGGAGGUCAAGGGUUCGGUCCAGGCAAGGUGCCAGAGCUCCAGUAGGGCGCCAUGUUGGACUGGCCAAGUUGCACUUUGGUGAAUGAGCCGAGUCAUCCACUCGACCUGGAGAAAAGUGGAAUAUGUUUUGAGUGAAUAUGGAAUGGAGGAUCUUACAGAACUUUUGGAAAAGCUUGAGUAGGAAUUUGAACGGGACGAGAGUGAGGAUGGAUUGACUGUGGUGGCAGGUGCAGUGAUGAAUGCUGAGAAGUUGAGUGAAGAGGGAAGCAGUGUGGUGAGGAAGGUUGCCGUCAAGUGCAAAAAGAGGGAUACGUGCUCCGGUAGUUCAGAGAUGGAACCUGGCGAGAGUGAGGAUGAUGUACCUGCGGUGAGGACCGCUGAGUUCGGGCCUCGUCCCGAGGAUGGUAAGGAUGAUUCUGGCCCAGUGGGAGUGAGAUUUGUAGAGAGAAUGGAUCCUUGCAUUCUGGCUGAUCCAUAUGUGGUGUCAGGUUGGGUGGAGAAGAGGUUGGGGAAUGUUGAGUUAGUGAAGGUAACUUGCGGUGGACUCGUGAUGAUUGAUUGUGUUUACUCUGCCCAGAGGGAGGUGACACUCCAGAUUAUGCGAUUAGGGACAAGAAUUGUGAGUUGCUUUGCUCUCCGGAGCAGGGCGCCAUUGAAAGGAGUGAUAAUGGAGGUGUUAUUUAGUGUUGAGGAGGAGCAGUUCAAUUGGAAGAUUCCUGGUGUCUGUGACGUCCGACGUUUGGUGAGACGUAGAUCCGGUGGAGAGCGUGGGGAAACGGUGAAGACAUUGUCUUUCAUGCUGAGUUUUGAUGCAGAGUCUUUGCCAGAUAAGGUCAAUGUAGGAAGUGUCAGUUAUCCCGUGGGAGCUUUUGUUCCGAAAAUACUACAGUGUUUUAGGUGUCAAGUUUAUGGGCAUGUUGCAGCAGAUGCCUAGAUGUGAGAAGUGUGCAGGAGGGCAUGAGACGAAGGAAUGUGUGGUAUCGGUGGAGAAAGUUAUGUGUGUUAGUUGCGGGGGUGCACAUGGGGCUGGAGAUUGGAGGUGUCCAGUGAGAGAAAGGCAGAUUGAGGUUGCUAGGGUUAGAGGAGUACAGAAAGUGUUGUAUGCCGAAGAAGCAGUGAAGAGAGUGGUAGAGGAAGAUGGGUACAUGGUGAGAGAUCCUGAGAGGAUUCCUGUGAGUAGGCAGAGACCCAGAGAGAGUGAUGGGAAGAAUAUGUGUUUCAGUAAGGUGGGGUUUUUAGCAUUCAUAGCCAUGGUUGUCAAUUGUACUGCAGAAAUGGUUCAAAAGUCACAGAAAAUAGAGGUUUUGGUGGCAGCAGCAGAGAAGUACUUGGAAUUGCAAGGAUUUACGGCAGAACAGAUGAAGGGGGUGUUGAGUAGUAGUGUUAUGUCCUCUCAGAUCGUUAGUCUGGAGUAGGACUAGAUAGGGUUAAAUAGUGGAAUGGGGUGGUGUUUUUUUUAGAGAGGGCUAAUAGUUGGCAGGGCAAUUUUCCUUUUUCCCAAUUUUGUAUUACCAUAUCAAAUAAUUUAAUAUAGGUAGGCCGUGAAUGGCCUCACACAUCAGUACAGUAGGUGGCGGUGUAUGCACCUAAAAGUUGGAUGCGAUCCGCCAACCAAAUCCCAAAGAAGAAGAAGAAGGAGUUCCUG